AUGAAGAUUGCGUUGAUUUUACUGCCAUUUCUUCUGGUUUCGAUCAUGGUCAUCGAAUGCCAAGGUAAGUUGUUUGACGCUGCUAAAUAAAAUUAUACUACAAGUACUAAAGGUGCUAUGUUUUAAUCUUUUGCUUUUUGCCCUUUUUUUUUUUGUUUUGAUGAAUUUCCAGGAAAAGGCACCAAAAAAGGCAAGCAAGCUACAAUCUCAGAGGAAAAUAUCAAGGACUUUGCGGUAAUCAGAGGUUACAUGCGACCCGGCCCUUAGUAAAGCCAGUAAUUUCAAUUUCUUUCAAUUGUCCGUUAUUUGUUUAAUUUAAUAUACGUGUUAUGGAGCUCCCACAGAAAUUAGAUAACCAAUCUGAAAUUGCCGGGCACUACUCAACUUGACCCCUCGAAGAGGGAGCUGUAAAAUAAUAAAUUCAAUGAUUCCUUGUUCGUAGAAAAAACCUGGAAUCACAAAGUCAAGCAUGGAGGACGAUAAUAAUGGUGAAGAAGAACUACCAGACUGGUUUAAGAAACUUUUACAACAGGUAAUACAAUCCGCUUCAAGAUAAGACGAACCAUCAAUAAAUCUCGUUUUAGACGUCGCACUACUUCCGUGCAAAGUGGGCUCGAACGUAAGCUACUAUAGCAGGGCUCUAACACCACGACGUUUCGCAGCGCCACUCAGUAGAGGUGCCAUGAACCGUUGGCUGUUUUUGCAGACUAGCACGAUUGUAGAACGCUUUGGAUUUAGUCUGGGAAUUUACUUCAGUGGUGCUAAAAAGCUGUUGAGACAAACUGUAAGCAAGAUAGGGGCACCCAUACACCAUCCUAAGUACCUCACCCGUGCGCACAGCUCAUUAGUAUACACCUGAUUGAAAGAACGUUGUCGGUUGAAAAGUAUAAACCAUGAACCAUGGGACCUAAUGGAUUUAUGGGUACAACUUUAUUAGCAUUGCAAAUUUAGAGUUCUUCUAAAAAAUGUUUACAUUUACAAGCUUUUCGCAACGAUGCAUUCCAAAAAACGUAAAACAGUUUCUGCAGUAUUUACGGCUCACAACUUCACCAGUGUUGGACACAUAGGAGAUUUCUACAGUUAAAGAGCGUAGCCAUAUGGCUAACGCACACUUGAAAAUCAUAAGAUAGGACCUAAAAGCAUUCUUGGAAGACAAAAAAAGACAACACAGCUGACAACAGCAUGCCUUAAACAAAGCACUCUAGGGAUUUUGUAUCCGCACGAGCAUCUCGUGACAAUGUAAAGUUUUGUCGAAAGAACUUUGAAUUUGCUUUGCUAAUGAGCGUAUACCCAUAAAUCCUUGAAACCUCAUCGUUUAUGGUUUAUACUUUUUAGCGACAACGUUUUUUCAAUAAGGUAUAUCACGCAAGCAGUGCAUGACAGCCAUGGACAGUUGUCUCGCCUUGGCUCAUCAGCAUGGCAUAGCCAUUGGACCACGAACGGUCAUUUUUUCUCCUUGUCAACUGAGAGAAGGGCGACUUCCCUUCCCAAUAUUCAAUAUUCAAACCAUUUAUUUUCAAUUGUUAUGAACAACUGAUGUUGCAAGUUGGUAUGAGAGACUAACUGAUGAAAACUAGGAUAUCACAGAGUAACGACUAGACGAGUAAAGGGCUAAAUUUACAACAACUGCACUAGAUGAUUACCGCUGAGAGAUCAUUGCGGGCCCAAGACUGUGACAAGGUGUCUAAAUCUUUACAGUUGUAAGAGCAAACGAAGUGUUCAAUAUUCAACCCCCUCUUGAUAAGUAGAGGAGAAUAUUGGUUCUGCAGAUGAACACUGAGUUCGAUUCUCACGAAUUUGUAUAUUGCAGACAGUCCAUAUAGUAUAACGUAACAUAAAUAAGAUAAAACUGUGAAAGGUUUGAACCGGGCCAGAGUCAUUAAAUAAGUAGGUUGAGUAUGAUCGUCCGGUUGAACGUCAGUCACUGUCAACAACAACAGUCCCGGUAUUCAGGACCACGUUCACCCGGAUGAUCGUACGGCUCAACCUACUUAUUAAUAAGAUAGUUAAAAAUUCCAGAAAGAAGAUCUUUAGAUGUAGGAAUAAGGUUAAUUACAAUAAUUUCUAAACUAAAAGUAAGCGGAAGCGGCUUAAUGAGCUUGGCAUGCCGACAUGCCAGCCAGAGUACCACAUUUAAAGGUACUAAGUCGAGCUACUUUCGAAUCAACUGAAUUUCAUGUUUUCCUUUUAUAGUCCAGGAGCAAAUUAUGGUCCGUCAGCCAAACACCCUUCGAGCAGAGCAGAAGCUACUUUCCUUUUCAAUUUAAAAUCGGAUUUAAAGUAUUUUCUGCUGGUAGUGCAGUCAGUCGUUCACUGUAGAGUGAUGCGAAGAACGCGCGAAGCUGGGGAGAGGGUGGGCGGUUUCCCGCCACUACCCCAUUCGCACGCGCCUUAUUUUCACUCCUUAUUUUCUCCUUAUUUUUCUCCUUAUGUCUGCUGCUUAUAGUUCACUUGCCGCACGAUUCUGUUUUUCUUUACAGGGGAAAGCUUUACAGGCAGCAGCAAGAUCGAAGGAAAAGAAAAAUGAUUUGAUUGUAGGAAACGUCUCGUCAGACUCUCAGUUGGAAAAUGAGCGUAUGUUUUAAUUACGAAUAUUAACCCAAAUAAAGGUGAUAAAAAUCGUGAAACCAAAACAGUCAAAACAUUUUGUCCUUUUAAAGCAAAAAGGUUCAAACGUACACUGUUGAAAAAUAGUUCACUGAUGAUAGUGUUAUGAAACCGAGAUAAAGAAAAAAUGAACUCAAAAGUAAUACAUGCAAACCAUGGUUCCAAUAGUGGCAAAUUACUUUUCUUUAAGUUAUGUUAAUUAGCCUUCUUUGACUCGAUUGCAAUGCCUGUACAGAAUUCAAAAAAAUUUUCUGUCUGAAAACGAGCAACUGAGGUCUAGUUAGAUUGGUUACCAUUUAGGAAUCAACUGUAUUGUAUUAGUACUCCUGUAUUAGUGCAAGUGAUCGGUCUGUUCAAUAUAUGGACAGUGAAGCUAAAAAACACUUACUGCUGACGUCAGUUACCAUCUCUAAAUGCUGUUUGUACUUUAUUCUUAAUCACAAACGCUCCCCGUUUGCUUGCCCCCACAUAUUUAUUUUCAUGCGCUACCUUCGCAGCCUCUAGCUUAUUAUAUAUUAAUUAAAUGACGGUAAAAAUGGUCUGUCAACGAUCAUGGAUACCAGUGUGUCUUUUUAGCCUUUCUUCAGUCAGUACUCGGCCCCCUUUUUUAUGCUUUUUCCCGUCUAUCUGUUUCUAUUCUCAGCGACACUCAAAGGUUUUGUCGAAUGAACAAUUUUAUAGUCCUUUAACUAAACAUUAUAUCCUAGUUUUGGAUGAUGCUAUUUGUGUUUUGCUCUUCAUCAGUUCCAACCGCCGAUGUCGACACAUUGAUCAAUUCAUUUGGUCAGUUAGGCACACAAGCAACAGGAGCUACGAAGGGUCUAACUGAGCUAAGGGAAAAUUGGAAUGAGCUCCCGCUUGAAAGUCAAGUGAAAUUGAGGAAGGUUUUACAGUCAGCUGCCUCGAACAUUGAAAGUUUUACCAACACGGGAGACGAUGAAAUGGCUGCUAUACUGGGGGCGCUCGACAUGGUGUCAAAGAUGGCGCCAGUUGCCGGUCCCCAUGGCGCAUUUCUUUCCGCAUUUUCGAACUUCGCGUCUGGGCUUUUUAGUCUUUUUGGGGAGGGAGCACCGGUAAAGAAACCUAUCGGAAAAAUUGUGGAAGAAAAAAUAGAGAAGGCAUUGGAAAAAAGUCGCCAGAAUGAUCUCACUAAUCAGGCUCAAGCAACCAUUCAGCUGUUCUACGUUUCCAAGGCAUAUUUAGAUAGCUUUGCAAGUGAUGGCAGAGAACUUGAGGACCACGAGGUAAGGUCGAUUGAGACCCAUGUGCCAAUGGCAACUGGAGUUCCCUUCAUGGGAAUAUUGGCAGCCGAAAUAGAUCGUCUUCUUAAGGCAAACAAGAAAAACGCUAACGAUGCCAAACAAAUCUUGAAAUACAUCGAGCUUUAUACAACCAUGGCCGUUCUAAAAGACAUAACUUUACAGGAAAUGGCUUUUCUGAUGCCAGCGAGCCAUAAAAGAAUUCGAGAUGGCAUGAUAUCUGUUCAGGAAAUGUUUCGUGAAUACGAAAAGUCCCUUUUAAAAUUCCUUCACGAAGGUAACGCAGGAAAGAUGGCACUGGUGUACUAUGACCCCGACUUGAACCCAGUGACAGAUUCGUAUUUGACAAAGGUUUUAAAGGUACCAGAUUACGAUCGUUCCAUGGCCGGAAUCUGGUGUCUGACGCCUCGAGGGUCUAAUUAUCCAGUUGAAGCGAGAAAACGUCCAGAAAAUUUUGUGACAGAAAACCACCCCUACAUCGCGGCAAGUGGAUCAGGUUGCCACUGGAAACUUGUCCCUCAUGGUAAUAACCUCUACACAGUUGUGAACAAAGAAGAUUGCUCUACAAGUGCCCGGUAUUGUGGAAAGUAUUUGUCAUUCGACACAUAUAGAGGGGGAUUCCUUUACCUGAAAACAUACUCCAUGCUGACACUUGAGCCCGAUGCAGCUCUUUGGGAAAUUGACGGUCCUUCUAAUGCGAAGUAAGAGUUUUUUAUGUAAUUCUUAUUCCACAAUCAAGUUUUCCUUGUUUCCGUUUUUUUUCUCUGAAAGUCAGAACCACGAAGACAUCACUUGAUCAUACAGUGAAUACAGGUGCGUUCGAGGAGGUCGGACGCGCGUAAGUUAGCUAGUACAUUUUUUCACGUUUGGUACUGCUGUCGUAUUACAAUACCCACCUCAAUAUUGCUGCUUGUGGGUAGAUACUUCUCCUCUUCUAAUUCAAUGAAGAUUGCUCUGGGCAUUACUAUACCCGCUAUCUUUGUACGCGCUCUAGGAUUGAUGGGAUUAAAGCGAUGUCACGUGGUAUUUCACGGGACAAUCCAGCAGCCACAAAGACGAGCAAUCGCAGUCAAUUUGUAAAGUUCAAGUUUCGACAAGUUUUACGACGCCUUUUACCGCACUUUUGCUUGCUGUGAGUCCAUCUACGGUCGCUAGCUCAAAAAAGUGCUCACUAAUACCCAUCAUUUGCCAUUCUCGUUUCAAGAUAAUAUAUAAAUUAAUCCAGGGCUAGAAGUGACACCUCCGUUGAAAUUAAAUGUAAAACUCUAAUAAGCCACUACAAAGAAUCCUCCGAGUCCUUUUGAGUGGAGGGUGGAGGGCUGGGUGAUUAUUACUAUUUUUUGGAUAUUUCUAUUAACGAAUUUCCUUUACAUACAAAAUAGAAAUUAAGAAAAAAAAAAAAAAAAAAAAAAAGAAAAAUAAAUCACUCUUACAUAGUGUAGCUAAAUAUAUUGGCAAAACAUACCGCAGACGCUAAAUCAGCAAUACAGUUACCUAGUAUGUGGAAUACAAAGUCCUUACUUUAAACUUUUCAAUAAUGAUGAAAAGUAUAUUUCUUAUCGGAAAAAACGCUGAUUAACUUUUCUCACUUUUGGCAAUACGGAGUUCAAUAUUUUAAAUCAUACGCCUUGUCCUGGCAAUGAAACCCUAAAGAGAAAGAGUUAUUAUACCAUUCUGGCAUUUCUGAGAAUAAAUAUAAAUCUUGCCCAAAAGCAAAAUAUGAUUUAACAAGAAAAACGGCGUUUCCUACAUCAAACUUACCAAAAAUGACAUCUUCCUAGCUCUUUAAUGCUUUCAACAAGGAUGUUAUAAUCGCACUGCGCGCAGACAGGACAGACAUGUUUUCAAAAAUCAGAUGAUAUUUUACAGAAAAAGAGUAAAUGCUCGAUGGAUUCAACCUCUGUUUGGCAGAAAGUACAGGUUGGCGAAUAAACCAUGCCGAAACAAAACAGUUUCAGAUUCUAAUUUCGUGCGGAUGGAUGGCGAAUGAACACAUUUCCAAUCAAUAUCUGUGUUCGGAUACUUUGCAGCUAACUUUACUCCUAAGCAGCGGGGAUCUACAUUCCUAACAUUGAAGGCUCACAAUCAACGAAUCAACCUAUACCAUGUGUCUCUAGGAGGGUCCUGUCCCACUCGCUCCUCUCUCCUCCCCCGGGGGGUACUCCGUUAUAAGGGCUUAAUGGGGACGCGCGGCCAGCCAGGGUAUGUUUUUCGGGAUUUUUGUCUUAAACAGGGUAUCGAAUUUAUCAUUUUUUGUCUUAAUCAGGGUAUCGACUUAUCAAUUUUUGUCUUAAACAGGAUAUCUUUUCUUGGACGAUAAACAGCAAAAUUUUUACAAGCUCUAAUGUCUUAAACAGGGUAUCAAAAAUCGGAAUUCUGUCUUAAACAGGGUAGGAAAAUCAGCGAUAUUUGUCUUAAACAGGGUCAGGGUAUGAGGGGCCGCGCCGCACCUCCCCACCCAGGGAUAUAUCGAGUACCCUCUCCCCGGGUUUCCUCCACAGAGCCCUCCUGGUAUCGCAGGGAGGGCUGGAGAGAGGAGCAGGAGCCUCUGCGGAGGGGAGAGCUCCAGAGAGCUCUCGCUCUGAGCUACGAGUAGAAGAGGAUCAUCACUGGCAACAAGGAAAACAGGGACAAAACCAUGCAAAAAUGCACAGCAUAUAGGUUUUAUUUAUGGAAAUCAUUUUUCAAGGCUCAUACGAAUAUCACUUUAUUCUUGUUCAUUUGUGUUGUUUGGUUCACUGGUCAAAUGAAAAUCAUUCUCUUUAUAAUGUUCUUUAUCAACAGGAUCCGGUGUAAAUAUGGCUGUGGCGAUAAUGAAGAAUGGAGAAACUAUGAGAUUGAUAUGUAUGACGACACCUGGCAUUACAAGACUUUUAGCCGCAAUCCCCCAGUAUAUACGAUACACUUAUUUCAACUAAAAGAUAGGGGCAGUACUGUUUGGUCUAUCACAAAGGUAGGUGCUAUAAAGCCACACACAGGCGUCCCAAACUCACUAUUGUGAGCGCAUGAAACUAAUUCAUCUCCUAACAUUGUGUAACGUAGUGAUUUAUAGGGUUUAUAUGGGUAAAUAAUGAAAUAUUAGCUUCGUAUCGUGUAGCAACUGGAUAUAAAAUAAACUUACUUUCAUUUUCUGUAUUUUGAGUUCCUGUAUCGUUUUCUCAAGCUAUUUUGGCUGAUAUUUCUACCCAAAUCCCUUCAAAACCACUGAGGAACACAAAAUACAUCAAAAGUCAUCAGGAAGAAAACAAAAACACUUACAGCGGUGAUAAACAUUUUGAUUUUUCGCAUUUUUAUAUAAACUUGACGUCGGCGUAUCAUUCUGCAAGUCAACAUACAUUUUCGAGACCGUUACGUUACAGGUUAUGACCAAUCCAUAUAUACAAAAUUAACAAGGGAUCACUGUAAAUGAGAUUAGAAAAUUCCUAACGGUGAAUAUAUAAGGAAACAGCUAAUUAAUAAAUCAUCAGCUUUUCGCUGCUAAUGUAUAGUCAUUCAGAAAAGGCUGGCUUAUGUGAAAAUGCAAAAAUUCAAAAUGUUUAUCGCGCCUCUCACGGUUUUUGUUUUGUUUUUGAUUAAGUUGCAAUGGCCCAAGAACGAAAGUUUUUAUGAUACAGCAAAAUUUAGCCUGCGGGGCAGUUGCAAAAAAGGGAGGGGGAGGGGAAGGGGGAGAGGAAGAAAAGCGCGAAAGGGACCUCUAACCACGGGUAGUCCAACUGAAUGGUAGCAAAGGUUGAAUCUACACUGUCACGUUCAGUUAAUGCUUUCUAUAACAUUGAACAGCUGAAACUGAUUUUUUUUUAAGGAGUACAUAACAUUAACAGUAUUAUAGGAUUUUGUAAUUCCUUUAAGUUGCUUAUAAAAAAUUCCAUCUCGUUGCCCCUCAACCUCGUCCUCAGGGCGCUUUUCCUGGCUUUGGAGGUGGGGAAAGCAGGCCGGGAAAAGGGCCCUGGGGACCAGGUUAGUUGCCACCAAAGUAAAUGGCAAAAGUUGCCAGGAAGGUGCUCCCGGCGAAUAACAAAAGUUGCGAAAAACUUGCAGAGCAACUUGUGGCUCAGUGAUGCUACUCACCAGAAAAAGAAAGCCUCAAGGGACCUAUAGCCACUGAUCUACACAAGAUUCGUAGUAGCUGAGCUCAUUUCGCUAAGUUGAUGUUAUAAACAUCCUUCUUACUAAUAGGCCUGGAGUCAGCCGCGUAAUAUAUGGCACAUCAUGGACUUUUCAAAAUAAACUCGGUUAUUAUGGUUUUCAAUGCUUCAAAUUGACAGCGAAUUUGGAUAAUAAGGGAUAAUGGAAACAUUAAUUUAAAACAUUUCAACUAUAUUUAUUUGCAGAAUCCACCCCAGCAGAGAGAUGCGGCCCGCCAUCGAAACCCCAGACAUUAGAAAGGCGAGUGUCUCUUCUUGGAGCAACACUUCCAGAUGAAACAAGGACCGGAGAAUACAUCGAACAAUAA